CACCGCGUCACUUUGAGGGCGGAUAUCGGCCAGUCCUCCUCCUCCUCCUCCCAAUCAUCCUUGAACCAUCUUCCCUGCACUCUCCCACUCUGCUUCCAUCAGCCUUCAUGGUUCUGAUCUCACCCCACGCCAUGCAAGCCACCCGGGCGUCCACCACCGUGAGUGUGGUUGCAGACUGUGGAAUCCCGGCCGGGCUCCGGAUAGGACCGGUUCCGGGCGUCUUUAAACUGGGGAAGUACGUGUCGGAUCGCAAAGAAGUUGGGCCCAAGAAAAAGAUUCGUUUGGUGAGGGAGGAGUUUGUGGACGAGUCUGGCUGUCCGGUUCCGGACUGGAUUGGACUCAUUCGAGCAGCCAGAAACAGUCAAGAACAAAACUUAGAGGCUGUGUCUGAUCUACCUGGCGGACAGAUUUUUUACCGAGUGAUGCGAGAAAUCCCAGCAGGAGAGGAGCUGAGUGUUUGGUAUUCUAACGCUUUGGCUCAGUGGUAUGACAUCCCCACCACGGCCACCCCCACGCAUGACGAAAAAGGCGAGGAGCGUUACAUCUGCUGGUACUGCUGGAGAAUCUUCAAAUACCCCAACACACUCAAAGCCCACGUCCACUUCCACUGCGCCCUGAGCAACGGUCGUGGCUUCGUGAACAGCGAACAAGCCAGAGGAACUGAGACCUACAGCAGGUCUCCAAAAUCUGGGGACAUCCCCAACACUUCCUCGUCCCCGAGGAUCUCUCAGAACAUCUCCUCCAUCUCAGACUCCAACAGGCGGCCUCUGUCCUCGCCUUUCUUGGGCAAGGCCGGGCUGGUGAAGAAAAGCAGCUCCGAGGAGCAGGACAGAGCCCUAGACAUGAGCGUCACGUCAUCCCGAAACCACGCACAUAUGCUCGGCCUCGGUUCUGCGUCCUCGGUGCUGAGCUCCAUGGGCUUCCACCCGGGUGUUCGCUCCGCCUUUAAGCCCACCGGCGUCACCAAAGCCCCGGUCAGUGAAGCCCACAGAGAGGACCCCGGUUCCAAGAUGGGCGGAUUGGGGUUUGCUAAACUUAUCGGGAACAUGAAGCCGAUGCGAAGUGUUGGCGAGACCCUGAACGGAAGCGGGACCCCCGCAGCUAAGUGUGCCCCAGCCAUUAUGGACGCUCCUAUGGUGCAGUGCGCCAACUCCAUCCGGGGCUUUCCGCUGCUGCCUCACGUGGAGGAGACGUCAGCUUUCAAGCAAGUUGAAAGUCGCGUGCACACCGGUCUGUCUCCUUCCCGCUACCCCCACGUGCCCCCGGGACUCCAUUUUGAAAGGUUUUCGCUGCCUCAUUUCGACGGCGUUAAGACUUAUGGCGGCGACUGCAACAUCCCACUCAUGCCCUUCACCGUCUACAACGGGGAGCUGCUGUACAGUUCACCUUAUUACCCUCUUAAAUUCCAUUUCAGCAACCUCCUCAAGUACCCCGACACCAUGCCCUACUUUGGCGCACCCCCCAUCAGCCAAGACUUGGGCUCCAUCACUAACAUCGACCGGGAGAUAGCCAUGCACACCCAGCAGCUGUCCGAAAUAGCCGCGGAGAAGAACCGGGCCAGAUUAGACCCCUUACCCGCUGGCAGCGCCGGUAAUGCCAGCUCAGGCAAACCCAAAAAGGGACACUUAUGUCUGUACUGCGGUAAGCUGUACUCCAGGAAGUACGGCCUGAAGAUCCACAUGAGGACUCACACGGGCUACAAACCGCUCAAGUGCAAAGUGUGCUUCCGGCCCUUCGGGGACCCCAGCAACCUGAACAAGCACAUCCGGCUCCACGCAGAGGGAAACACCCCCUACAGGUGCGACUUCUGCGGAAAGGUUCUGGUGCGGAGGAGGGACCUAGAAAGGCACGUCAAGUCCAGACAUCCCGGGCAGACCAUCCGGAAGCUGGACGAUAAAACGGGUCUGUUUGAAGGAGCAGAACCGAAGAGCGACAACGACAGCGACGUGGACGUCUGCUUCACCGACGACCAAAGUGAGCCCGAAUCCAGCAAGAAUAACGACUGAGUCGAAGCAUUGCCCGUUUUUUGUUUACCAGUUACAAUUCAAAGACCCUUAUCGACACCUUUGUUGCUGUUUUCUGAAGAUUGCCAUUUGGUUUAUUUACUUAAUAACACUAUAUUUUAUAGCAGGGGUGUCCAAAGUCUGGCCCAGGGGCCAUUGGCGGCCCGUUUAUUGGCCUGUGGCACAUUGUAGAAAUAAAACUAAACAAAUAAGGGAAACAAGGAGCAAAAAGGCGCAAAAUAGAGCAAAAAAAAUUAACACAAAUAACUAGAAAUAAAGGAAUUAUAGAAUAAUCAUGUAAACAUCCCCUCCUGCAUUCUCUGAUUACCAGUGACAUUUGGUGGAAAAAGUUUGGACACCCCUGUCUUAUAAAAACAAGUAAAAAGCGACGAUGGGACUGUAUGAAACUGGACCGAGUUGAAAAGUACCGUCUAGUACUUUUGUACAUUUUUCUUUUGCAGCGAUAAAAAAAAACACGGGCCUGUCUGUUUUUAAUGUAUCACCCUGUUUCACUCAAGGCAUGAUUUGAAAAUGAACACCGCAUUCCACCAAACUGGCGCAUAAAAGUGGUUUAAAAAAGUUGUUUUAUAUUUGUUUAACAUUAUUUAAAUUUUAAAAUGAACACAAGUCACACUUCCCUAAAAACUGUCUCAACUGCACUUUAAGGAAAAGAAAAUGGACAUUUCACUGCAACCAAAUGGCUGCCUGAUGAUUAUUAUGAGAAUUAAACAUAUUUACUUUACUUCAGAUGAUCCUUGCGCCUCACUCAUGAACACACUGUACUUAAAUUUGCACUUUCUUGCCGAGGCACGCUGUUCUGAAAGAACCAACCAGCAGCGCCCAGUUUAUUUAUGGAAUUAUUUCUACAGAGAGAAAAUGUAUUGACUUGAUCUAUGUAAAGAUGUGUAAAGUAUGAUAUUUCACAUUACAGUGUUGUAUGCACUUGUUUAUACGUGACAUUGUCAGAGGACACAAUUUUACCCCUGUCCGAUAUGUGUUUGUUUUUUUAAUAA